AUGAAGCUGGAGUUGGCCCUGGCCAUAGCCCUAGUCCUGGCUGUGGGGUCCUGGACACAGGAGUUUUUCCCCAAGGAGGCCCAUGCCCUCAACUGGGGCAAGUUCUCAGGGUUCUGGUACAUCAUUGCCAUCGCCACAGACAUCCAGGGAUUCCUGCCAACGAAAGACAAGAGAAAGCUGGGGGCAUCUGUGGUGAAGGUGCACAGGAUGGGCCAGCUCAGGGUGGUCAUCGCCUUCAGCCGGUCCCAGAGAUGCCAGUCAUGGGAGGUGACCCUGAGAAAAAACAAGAAGAAACCCGUGUUCAGGAACACCUUGAAAGGAGUAAAGGCCUUCCAUGUACUGUCCACUGACUAUAGCUACGGCCUAAUAUACCUCCGCUUGGGGCAUGCAGGCAUCAGUCACAAGAGCCUGCUGCUCUUGAAUAGACAGAACGUCUCCAGCUUCCUGAGUCUCCGAGAAUUCCUGGACACAAGUGAAAUUCUGCAGCUCUCCAAGCAGGCUGUCAUCCUCCCAAAAGACGCUUCCUGUGCACACACGAUCCUGCCAUGA